UACAAACCAUAAAAACAGUGAGGGGCUAAAUAGUCAUUUACCAUAACAUGUCUCUAUUUUCACAUAACACCCUUCCGAAUUUGCUGAUAGACAAAAAGUACCUUCCAUGUUACACAGAAGUUUAACAUCGAAAAACAGAGUAAACUUCUCCUGUCCACUCUUCCAUGAAAUAUGAAGAAAUCCACCAUUGAUGAUCCAUCUGCACAUGUCCAAUUUCCACCCCAAAACCUCAAAUUAUUCAUCAAGAAAGACGAAAAAGAAAGUUUCCUAAAGCUUUCGUUGCCUUUAAUCAUCACAUUUUGGUUCCCUUUUAUGUUUUCAUUCUCCACAUUUCGCCCCAAUCACAUUAACCAAGGGAAUGUAGGUGUUAUUAAUAAGAACAUUACUAACAUAAGCUCAUAUUCAUACAUUGAAGAUCAAGCUCUAAAUCAAACCGAUAAGGUCCUUUUAUUGAUGGAUUCGAACGAUACAACAACAACCUACGAGCUCGAUGAAACCGAGGAUAUCCUGCUUGAACAAACAACUCCAGUAGAAGAAUUGUUAUGGAAAGUUUUAGGCUAUUCAACAUUUGUCUGUGAAAGACAAGUUCAAGAUAUGUAUUUAGAAAAUAAACAAGAAGUGGUGCAAAUGGGUCAAAUGGGCCAAACGGGACGGGCCCGUUUUGCAAAGGAAGGUAAUGGGCUAGUGAACAUUACUCAUCGGGUCGAGCCCGAUGGAACAAAGUAUAACUAUGCAGCUGCAUCAAAAGGUGCUAAAGUUGUGGCCCAUGACAAAGAAGCAAAAGGUGCAAGUAAUAUUUUGGGUGAUGAUCAUGAUAUGUACUUAAGGAACCCGUGUUCGGUUGCUGAUAAGUUUGUGGUUAUCGAGCUUGCGGAAGAGACUUUAGUCGAUGCAAUAACGAUAUCGAAUUUCGAACACCAUUCGUCGAAUUUCAAACAGUUUGAAUUGUCGGGAAGUUUGGUUUUUCCGACUGAAACAUGGUUUGAACUUGCGACGUUUGUAGCCGAAAAUGUGAAGCAUAGGCAGUAUUUUAAGUUACCCGAGCCGAAGUGGGCCAGAUACAUAAAGUUGAGACUAAUCACUCAUUACGGGUCAGAGUUUUACUGCACGCUUAGCGUGUUUGAAGCGUAUGGCGUUGAUGCAAUUGAGAAAAUGCUUGAGGAUUUGAUCUUGGCUUCAGGGGAGUUAUCGAAUUUAUCGAAUCGUAAUCAGACUGUGUUGUUGGAAGAUGACGAGUUUGAUAAAAAGAUUAAAGCGGUCAAUGAUGCACCGAAGAAGCCAUUGGUUGUGAAUAAAGUUCCGGAAACUGUACCGAAAGGUAAUGGAAGAAUACAUGGUGAUGCUGUUUUGAAGAUUCUGAUGCAAAAGGUUCGGUUAUUGGAAGAUACUUUAUCGUCGUUAGAAGAUAAUGUUAACGAGCUGAACAAGAUACAAGGGGAUGUGUUUCCACAGCUUGAAAGAGAUAUUGUGAAGUAUUCGGGGCUCGUGGAGCAAACGCGAUUGGAGAUUAAGGAUUUCUGGCCAUGGAAGGAGACCUUGGAGAAAGAACUUACCGGCUUGGAGCCGUGGAAGGCUUCUGUGUCGUUUCGUUUGGAGUCAGUUGUUAAGGAAAACAUCAUGUUAAGACAAGAUAUAGAGAAGAUCGCAAACGACGAAGAAAGACUCGAUAAGGCCGAGCAUGCCUUUCUUUGUGCAAGUCUUUAUGUCACCAUUGUUGUGGCAUUCAGGAUUUUUUGGGAUCUCAUCUCAAACCCGAGGUCAAACUCCUCCGUUGACUUGCCUCAUAGAAAAGUACGAGGGUGGAAACCGGUGGUGUUUACCAGCACUUUCAUAGCAGUCGUUACUUUGACUUUUUGUUGACUUCCUAACGCAUUUGUACAUUAACCUUAGUAUAGCCUUUUUUGCGGUUUAACAUAGUUGCAUGCUAUUCCUUAUAA